AUGCCAGCCAAGGGAGGAGGGAAUGCAAAGAAGGAAUCGGGACGCGCCAAGAAAGCGGCCAACGAGGACAAGAAAGCUGUCGAGGCGGCGGCUCGUGCUGAAGCAGCCGAAGCUGCACGAUGGGACGAUCCUGCUGGUGGGCGCGGUAAAACGGCUGCUGAAAAGAAAGCCGACAAAGCAGCCGAAGCUGCACGCAAAGCGGAAGAGAAACGUCGACUAGAAGCUGAAGAUGACGCUUCUACGCCUACCGCCCCGGCCAAAUCAGCUAACAAGGGGAAAGGAGCGCCCAAAAAGUCAGCGCUCAAAUCGGGCGGGGCUACUGGCAUCGAUUCGGCCAUCGCAUCUUUCUCGGCCAGCAACCUCGAUGACGCGCUGGACGCCAUGUCGCUCGUCAAUGAGAAGAGCGAUAGCGCGAGCAAAGGUGCGGCUGCUGGAGCCAUUGAAAGACACCCAGAGCGAAGGUUCAAAGCCGCAUUCGAAGCAUACAAGGAAAGAGAGCUCCCAAGGAUCAAGGAGGAACACAAAGGAUUGAGGCUGCAACAGUACCACGAUCUACUGUACAAGCAGUUCCAGAAGCAUCCCGACAACCCAUUCAACCAGCUCAGCGUAGCGUACGAUGCCAGCAAAGAGGAAAAGCUCGCGGCACUGGAGAGCAAGCGCAGUCAGACCGAGAAGCGACUUCGCGAUGCUUAG